AUGUCUUACGAUAACAAUCACAACUACUACGACCCGAAUCAACAACAGGGUGGGCAGCCUGGUGGUGAGUAUUACCAACAGGGCGCCUACGAUGAGAUGGGUCAACCUGUUAACUACGACCAGGCGGGAGACUACUACGACCCCAACCAGCAGUACCAGCAGCAGCCUUAUGACAUGGACGGUUACCAGAACUACGGACAGCAAGGUGCCGCUGGUUACAGCGCUGAUCCAGAGGCUUUCUCUGACUUCAGUUAUGGUGGUGGCCACGCUCCUGGCACUCCUGGCUACGACCAGUACGGCGCUCAAUACACUCCUUCUCAGAUGAGUUAUGCUGGUGCCAGAUCCUCAGGUGCUUCCACACCCAUCUACGGUGCCAACCCCAACUACGAUCCUUCUCAGUUUCAGUUGUCGUCGAACUUACCCUACCCUGCGUGGUCCGCUGAUCCUCAGGCUCCCAUCAAGAUCGAGCACAUCGAAGACAUUUUUAUCGACUUGACCAACAAGUUUGGUUUUCAGAGAGAUUCUAUGAGAAACAUGUUUGAUUACUUCAUGACUUUGUUGGAUUCGAGAUCUUCUCGUAUGUCUCCUGCUCAAGCUUUGUUGUCUUUGCACGCUGACUACAUCGGCGGUGACAACGCGAACUACAAGAAGUGGUUUUUCGCCUCGCAACAAGAUUUGGACGAGUCUAUCGGUUUCGCCAACAUGAACCUUGGAAAGAUCGGUAGAAAGGCUAGAAAGGCCAGCAAGAAGUCCAAGAAGGCUAGGAAGGCUGCCGAAGAACACGGUCAGGACAUUGACGCUUUGAACAAUGAGUUGGAAGGUGACUACUCUAUGGAAGCCGCCAACAUCAGAUGGAAGGCCAAGAUGAACGUCUUGACCCCUGAGGAGAGAGUCAGAGACAUUGCUCUCUACUUGUUAUUGUGGGGUGAGGCCAAUCAAGUCCGUUUCACUCCAGAACUCAUCUGUUUUAUUUUCAAGACAGCUCUUGAUUACUUGAACUCCCCACAGUGUCAACAGAGACAAGAGCCAGUUCCUGAGGGUGACUACUUGAACAGAAUCAUCACACCAAUCUACAGAUUCAUUAGAUCGCAAGUUUACGAGAUCUAUGAGGGCAGAUUUGUCAAGCGUGAGAAAGACCACAACAAGGUUAUCGGUUACGAUGAUGUCAACCAGUUAUUCUGGUACCCUGAGGGUAUUUCCAGAAUCAUCUUCAAUGAUGGCACUCGUUUGGUCGACAUCCCAAUGGAAGAGAGAUACAUGAGAUUGGGUGAGGUCGAAUGGCAAAACAUUUUCUUCAAGACGUAUAAAGAAGUCAGAACCUGGUUGCACCUUGUCACGAACUUCAACAGAAUCUGGAUUAUUCACGUUACAAUUUACUGGAUGUACACUGCUUACAACUCGCCUACGUUAUAUACUCAGGACUACGUUCAAACAAUCAACAACAGACCUACCGCAUCUUCGCAAUGGUCUGCCCCUGCUAUGGGAGGUAUGAUUGCGUCUUUCAUUGAGGUCAUGGCUACUGUGUUCGAAUGGAUGUUUGUUCCCAGAGAGUGGGCUGGUGCUCAGCAUUUGAGUCGUCGUUUGGUGUUUUUGAUUAUCAUUUUGGUCAUUAACAUCGUUCCAUUCGCUUAUUCAUUCUACUGGGCUGGUUUGUCUGCCAUCUCGAAGUCUGCUCAUGCUGUAUCUAUUGUUGGGUUCUUCAUUGCUGUCGCUACCUUGCUUUUCUUCGCUAUCAUGCCUUUGGGUGGCUUGUUCACAUCUUACAUGAACAGAAGAUCAAGAAAGUACGUGGCAUCCCAAAUUUUCACUGCAAAUUUCCACUCUUUGAGGGGCUUGGACAUGUGGAUGUCUUACCUUCUUUGGGUCACUGUGUUUGCUGCUAAGUUGGCCGAAUCUUACUUCUUCUUGACUUUGUCCUUGAGAGAUCCUAUUAGAAACUUGUCCACCAUGACGAUGAGAUGCAACGGUGAACAAUGGUUUGGUGAUACCUUGUGUAAACACCAGGCCAAGAUUGUCUUGGGCUUGAUGCUUCUUGUCGAUUUGUUCUUGUUCUUCUUGGAUACUUACAUGUGGUACAUUAUUUGUAACUGUGUUUUCUCCAUUGGUCGUUCGUUCUACUUGGGUAUUUCUAUCUUGACCCCAUGGAGAAACAUUUUCACAAGAUUGCCAAAGAGAAUCUACUCCAAGAUCUUGGCCACCACAGAGAUGGAGAUCAAGUACAAACCAAAGGUGUUGAUUUCGCAGGUGUGGAAUGCCAUUGUCAUUUCUAUGUACAGAGAGCAUUUGUUGGCAAUUGACCAUGUCCAGAAAUUGUUGUACCACCAGGUUCCUUCUGAAAUCGAGGGCAAGAGAACUUUGAGAGCACCUACCUUCUUCGUGUCGCAGGAUGACAACAAUUUCGAAACGGAAUUUUUCCCACGUAACUCUGAAGCUGAAAGACGUAUCAGUUUCUUUGCUCAGUCUUUGGCCACCCCAAUUUUGGAGCCUUUACCUGUUGACAACAUGCCUACAUUCACAGUCUUCACUCCUCACUAUUCCGAAAAGAUUUUGUUGUCUUUGAGAGAAAUUAUCAGGGAAGAUGAUCAGUUUUCGAGGGUUACCUUAUUGGAGUACUUGAAACAGUUGCACCCAGUCGAGUGGGACUGUUUCGUUAAGGACACCAAGAUAUUGGCCGAAGAGACCGCUGCCUAUGAGAAUGCCGACGAAGAAGAGAGGCUGAAUGAAGAUGGCUUGAAGGCCAAGAUCGAUGAUUUGCCUUUCUACUGUAUUGGUUUCAAGUCUGCUGCUCCUGAAUAUACCUUGAGAACCAGAAUCUGGGCCUCCUUGAGAUCCCAAACUUUGUACCGUACUGUUUCUGGCUUCAUGAACUACGCAAGAGCUAUCAAGUUGUUAUACCGUGUCGAAAACCCUGAAUUGGUUCAGUACUUCGGUGGUGACCCAGAAGGUUUGGAAUUAGCUUUGGAGAAGAUGGCUAGAAGAAAGUUCAAGUUCGUCGUGUCUAUGCAGAGAUUGGCCAAAUUCAAGGAAGAUGAAAUGGAGAACGCCGAGUUUUUGUUGAGAGCUUACCCUGACUUGCAGAUUGCCUACUUGGAUGAAGAACCCCCAUUGAAUGAGGACGAGGAACCACGUGUCUACUCCGCUUUGAUUGAUGGUCACUGUGAAGUAUUGGACAACGGUAGACGCCGUCCUAAGUUCAGAGUUCAGUUGUCUGGUAACCCAAUCUUGGGUGAUGGUAAGUCUGAUAACCAAAACCAUGCUAUCAUCUUCCACAGAGGUGAAUACAUUCAGUUGAUUGAUGCUAACCAGGACAACUACCUUGAGGAAUGUUUGAAGAUUAGAUCUGUUUUGGCUGAAUUCGAAGAGUUGAACGUUGAACAUGUUAACCCCUACGCUCCUGGCUUGAAGAACAACAAUGACGAGAAACCUGCCCCUGUUGCUAUUUUGGGUGCUAGAGAGUACAUUUUCUCCGAGAACUCUGGUGUUUUGGGUGAUGUUGCUGCUGGUAAGGAACAGACUUUCGGUACCUUGUUCGCGAGAACCUUGGCUCAAAUUGGUGGCAAGUUGCACUAUGGUCACCCGGAUUUCUUAAACGCUACUUUCAUGUUGACAAGAGGUGGUGUUUCUAAGGCACAGAAGGGUUUGCACUUGAACGAAGAUAUUUACGCCGGUAUGACUGCCAUGUUGAGAGGUGGUAGAAUCAAGCACUGUGAAUACUAUCAGUGUGGUAAAGGUAGAGAUAUGGGAUUCGGUUCUAUUUGUAACUUUACUACCAAGAUUGGAGCUGGUAUGGGUGAGCAGAUGUUGUCCAGAGAAUAUUACUACUUGUCUACUCAAUUGCCAUUGGACAGAUUCUUGUCAUUCUACUACGGUCACCCUGGUUUCCAUAUUAACAACUUGUUUAUUCAGUUGUCUUUGCAAACUUUCAUGUUGGUGUUAGCAAACUUGAACUCUUUGGCCCACGAAUCCAUUUUGUGUGACUACGACAGAAACGUUCCUAUCACUGAUCCAUUGAGACCAUUUGGUUGUUACAACUUGUCUCCUGCGAUCGACUGGAUUAGACGUUAUACCUUGUCCAUUUUCAUCGUCUUCUGGAUUUCCUUCAUUCCUUUGGUUGUUCAAGAGUUGAUCGAAAGAGGUCUUUGGAAAGCUACCCAGAGAUUCUUCAGACAUUUCAUUUCUUUGUCUCCGAUGUUCGAAGUGUUCCUUGCUCAAAUUUACUCAAACUCCUUGUUCACAGACUUGACCGUUGGUGGUGCAAGAUAUAUUUCUACCGGAAGAGGUUUCGCUACUUCUCGUAUUCCGUUCUCAAUCUUGUUCUCCAGAUUUGCUGAUUCUGCUAUCUACAUGGGUUCUAGAUCGAUGUUGAUUCUUUUGUUCGGCUCUGUUGCGCACUGGCAAGCACCAUUGUUGUGGUUCUGGGCUUCUUUGUCUGCUUUGAUGUUCUCUCCAUUCCUUUUCAACCCACAUCAAUUUGCUUGGGAAGACUUCUUCAUUGACUACCGUGACUUCAUCAGAUGGUUGUCUCGUGGUAACACCAAAUGGCACAGAAACUCUUGGAUUGGCUACAUCAAGCUUUCCAGAUCUAGAGUGACUGGUUUCAAGAGAAAGUUGACUGGUGACAUUUCUGAGAAAUCCGCUGGUGAUGCCUCGAGAGCUCACAGAUCCAACGUUUUCAUGGCUGACUUCUUGCCAUGUCUCUUCUAUGCCGCUGGUAUUUUCGUUGCUUACACUUAUGUGAAUGCUCAAACGGGUGUCACCAGGUGGAGUGUUGAUGGCAGAGACUCCACUGAGCCAAUCAAGGUUAACUCUGUUGUCAGAAUUGUGAUUUGUGCACUUGCUCCAGUUGUCAUUGAUAUUGGAUGUCUCGGUGUCUGUCUUGGAAUGGCUUGUUGUGCAGGUCCAAUGCUUGGUUUGUGCUGUAAGAAGACGGGUGCUGUCAUUGCAGGUGUUGCCCAUGGUGUUGCAGUUAUUGUUCACUUGGUUUUCUUCAUUGUUAUGUGGGUUCUUGAGGGUUUCAACUUUGCUAGAAUGUUGUUGGGUAUCGUUACCAUGAUCUACAUUCAAAGAGUCCUCUUCAAGAUCUUGACCUUGUUGUUCUUGACCAGAGAAUUUAAGAACGACAAAUCCAACACUGCAUUUUGGACUGGUAAGUGGUACAACACUGGUAUGGGUUACAUGGCCGCUACUCAGCCAGCCAGAGAAUUUGUCGCCAAGAUCAUCGAGAUGUCUGAGUUCGCCGGUGACUUCAUUCUUGCUCAUUUGAUUUUGUUCAUUCAAUUGCCAAUCUUGUGCAUCCCAUUGAUAGACAGAUGGCACUCCACCAUGUUGUUCUGGUUGAAGCCUUCAAGACUCAUUAGACCACCAAUCUACUCAUUGAAGCAAGCCAAAUUAAGAAAGAGAAUAGUCAGAAAGUACUGUACUUUGUACUUUGCUAUUCUUGUGCUCUUUAUUGUCAUUAUUGCCGCUCCAGCUGUUGCUGGUAGAUUCAUCGCCGACAACCUUGGUGCUAACAUGAGCGGUACAUUUGAAGGUCUCUUCCAGCCUAGAAAGGUGAAGAACAAUGACACAGGUAAGGUCUCCUCCUGGUGGUCUACCAGUGACGUCAAGAUCACUUUCUGGAGUUUCACUCCAACUACUUCCAACGUCUAUACUACAAAGGCAUUCUAA